GAAAUACUUUCCUACUUUGUUUUUAAGCUGUGACCAAGGCAACUAAGUUUUUAUAUUCACAAAUGGGCGGAGGUCAUGUAUCUAAUCAAAACCCUAAAAAUUUGCGACGCAUUAACGGAUUUCAACUACCCUUAAAUUGUUUACAACUUUUUGCAUGGAUGGUCUUAAUCGGAACGGGAUUAAUUAGUUUUCUUUUUUUCAUCGAGAUCCAACCCCAAAAGUAUAAAUUAGCGGCCUUGAUUAUCUAUGCAAUACUAUAUGGUUUACAUAUUGUAAUUCAUAUUAUUGCUAUAGGACGAGAUCCAUCUGAACAUGAGAUUCGUAAGCGGGAAAUAACCGAGGUACCUGAAUUUGAUCGAAGUUUACACGCUCAUGUUAUUGAGGAUGGACGAUGCCACCUUUGUAAUAUCUACACAAGUGAUAAGAAGACGAAACAUUGCGGAAUUUGUAAUAAAUGUGUUUAUAAAUUUGAUCAUCAUUGCAAGUGGUUAAAUAAUUGUGUUGGAGGUCGAAACUACUCGGCCUUCAUUGGGUGUUUCAUCACUGCCUUAUUUAUCUCCGUAUUUACGUUGUCUCUUUGUGUAGUAGAUUUAGUUAUUUUUUUUACAUAUCCCCCUAGCUUUGGAACGCCAGUUUCAUAUUUGAUUAACUGCACAACUACAAAUGCUUUUUAUCAACAGAAUUGUAAAAGUUCCAUAUUUUUGAUUUUAUUUUUAAUUAUUUACUUAGUUUGUAGCUUUGUUAUAACAUGUGCGUUGUUGCAUCUACUGUGUUUUCAUGCGUACAUAACACUUUUGGGUAUAUCGACUUACGAAUAUAUUGUCAAAAACAAAAGAUCGCCAUUAGAAAUACGAUGUCUAUGGAUGCCUAACCGUAAAUGUAUCAGUAACAAACGAAUAAAAAGAGAGACUGACUUAGUAAGAAGUGAACCAAAUGUUGCUAAUUUGGUUGGAAUAAUAAUUGAUUAUGAAUUAGAAAAAGCAAAAAAACUUUUCAAUUAUGGUAAAAAUAAGGUUCAUCCUACACAAAGUACAGAUAAUGGGCUGGAGAGCAAGGUUCAUAUGCAGACUGGUGCAAGUCCUACCUUACCCAAAAGCUAACAAAAUAUAGUAUAAAUUAAUAUCUACAAGGAAAAAAUACUAUAAACUUAAUGGUUUUACCCUUUAUUGAUAAUACAAGUAAUUUAGAACAAGAUAAAUAAAAUUAUUAUUUAAAACACCCACAUUUUACCAAAUGCUAUAUAAAUUUCUCUUGAGCGAUAUUUAAUCACGUUUGCGGCGACGGUUUUGCUCCUCCUGUAAUUAAGUAUAUAUUUAUUAUUUGUGAAUGUUUAUUACAGAAGACACACAUUAUUUGUAUAUAAAAAGAAAAAUAAAACUGUUUUCUAUAAA